AUGGAAUCUACUAGCAUGGUGAUCCCAUCUACCUCCGAACCAUCGGCCCCAAUGGCCCUGAUGAAUGGGUACUCCGCAUCACCUGCCUCCGAUGCUGCAAGCAGCAGAGAUGAUCUUGCAGUCAGCGAGAGUGAAGACCACCUAUCCGACUCCUAUGCAAACCAUGCCGCACGCGAUUUAUCAUCCUCCCCCGAGGAAGACGCCGCAGACGAGUCCUAUAACGCCGGCUCCCCGGACGCGGAGGGAGAUGAGGAUGCUUUUGGGAUGGAAAAUGACGAGGACCAGAGCAGUGCAUCCGGCUCUGAAAACUCUUCAUCAUCAGAAACCAGGCGUGGCACGAAACGGAAAUCAUCGUCGGUCAAUGAAUCAGACUAUAUCCGACAGAACCCCGAUCUAUACGGCCUUCGCCGAAGCGCAAGAGCCCGCACGACGCGUCAAAUAGUCGAAUCAGACUCGGACUCGGACGACUCUGAUGCUGUAGCACCCCGUGCGAAGCGUCGACGCGCUGCGGCCUCACAACCCACCUCGAAACGUCCCUCCCGCUCCGCAACCCAGUCGUCGUUCUCCGAAGACUCGGACAGCGAUGAGUACGGGGGUCCCCGUGCUCGUACAAGUAAGGCGAGGCGACGGCGGCUCCUUCAAGCGUCAUCAAACGAAGCACCUUCGCACCCUGAGGUUCGUUUCUCAACGAGGAAUGCUUCUCGGGUCUCCAAUUACAACGAAGAUGAUGAUGAUUCCAUGUUCGAAGAUGACCCAGAGGAAAUGACGCAGAAUUAUUGGGUGAAUACCGUGGAGGAUGAUCGCCCAGCUGUCGAUAUUGUGCUCAAUCAUCGCCUCAAGGAUGGUGUGGACCCAAGUAGCCUCGACGUCGGCCGCCACGACUUUGAGUUCUACAUCAAAUGGCAAGGCAAAUCCCAUUACCAUGCCACAUGGGAAACGGCCGAGAGUCUUGCCAACUGUCGUAGUACCCGCCGCCUUGACAAUUACAUACGCAAAACACUGUCCGAAGACGUCCGCCUCAAGAAUGAUGCAGAUGUUGCCCCCGAGGAUCGGGAGAAAUGGAACCUCGAUCGUGAGAGGGAUGUAGACGCAAUUGAGGAUUACAAACAAGUUGAGCGAGUCAUCGGAAUGCGCGAAGGCGACGAAGGGACGGAGUACUUCGUCAAAUGGAAGCGCCUGUUUUACGACUCUUGUACAUGGGAGAGUGAAGAUCUCGUUAGUAAUAUUGCUCAGCGCGAGAUAGACCGUUUUCUAGAUCGCUCCUCUCGCCCCCCGGUGUCAGACAAGUCCGAAACCAACCCAGCCACGCGCAAGUCAUUCGAAACAAUCAAGAGCACACCUAGCUUCCUACAGAAUGGCCAGCUGAAGGAGUUCCAGGUGAAAGGUGUCAACUUCAUGGCUUUCAAUUGGGUGAAGAACCGCAACGUUGUGCUGGCCGACGAGAUGGGUCUUGGUAAGACUGUCCAGACCGUUGCAUUCAUCAACUGGUUACGCCACGUGCGCCGCCAGCAAGGGCCUUUCGUGGUCGUCGUCCCACUGUCGACGAUGCCAUCCUGGGCUGAGACCUUCGACCACUGGACCCCUGACCUCAACUAUGUUGUCUACAAUGGCAAUGAGGCUGCACGCACAGUUCUGCGUGAACAUGAGCUUAUGGUAGACGGGAACCCCCGACGCCCUAAGUUCAAUGUACUCCUCACAACAUAUGAGUAUGUCCUACUGGACUCGACCUUCCUGAGCCAGUUCAAAUGGCAGUUUAUGGCCGUUGAUGAGGCACAUCGGUUGAAGAAUCGCGAAUCUCAGCUAUAUUUGAAGUUGCUCGAGUUCAGGUCUCCGGCUCGACUUCUCAUCACCGGAACUCCUAUUCAAAACAACCUUGCAGAACUCUCUGCCCUUCUAGACUUCUUAAAUCCGGGCCUGGUUCACAUUGAUGCCGACAUGGACUUGAACGCAGAAGCUGCCUCUCAUAAGCUUGCGGAGCUGACGAAAGCUAUUCAACCCUUCAUGCUACGUCGAACGAAGUCGAAAGUGGAGUCUGACCUUCCCCCCAAGACCGAAAAGAUCAUUCGCGUCGAGCUCUCCGACGUCCAACUGGAGUACUACAAGAAUAUUCUCACCAAGAAUUACGCUGCGCUCAAUGACGGAGCCAGAGGUCAGAAACAAUCACUUCUGAACAUCAUGAUGGAGCUGAAGAAAGCAAGUAACCAUCCAUUCAUGUUCCCCAAUGCCGAAGCCAGGAUUCUGGAAGGUAGUACCCGCCGGGAGGAUGUUCUGAGGGCAAUGAUCACCAGCAGUGGUAAAAUGAUGCUUUUGGAUCAGCUUCUUGCCAAGCUGAAACGUGACGGUCACCGUGUGUUGAUCUUCAGUCAGAUGGUUAAGAUGCUUGACAUCCUUGGUGAUUAUAUGGAAUUCCGCGGAUAUACAUAUCAACGACUGGAUGGUACUAUCCCUGCGGCUGCACGUCGUUUGGCAAUUGAACACUACAAUGCUCCUGGAAGCAAUGACUUCGCGUUCAUUCUGUCUACCAGAGCCGGUGGUCUUGGAAUCAACCUUAUGACGGCAGAUACUGUGGUCUUGUUUGAUUCUGACUGGAACCCCCAGGCUGAUCUUCAAGCCAUGGCCAGAGCGCAUCGUAUUGGACAGACGAGGCCGGUUAGUGUGUAUCGCCUGGUGUCAAAGGAUACCGUGGAGGAGGAAGUGAUUGAGAGAGCUCGAAACAAGCUUCUACUCGAGUUCAUCACAAUCCAACGUGGUGUUACUGACAAGGAGGCGUCAGAGAUUCAAAACAAGAUGGCUCGUAGUGGAAUCUCGGUCAGCGAGCCAAACUCAACAGAGGAUAUUUCACGUAUUCUCAAACGUCGUGGCCAGAGGAUGUUCGAGCAGACUGGUAACCAGGAGAAGCUUGAACAACUCGAUAUCGACUCAGUCCUCGCAAACGCAGAACUUCAUCAGACCGAACAGGCUGAGGAGAUUCAAGCUGACGGUGGCGAAGAGUUCCUUCGAGCCUUCGAAUAUGUUGACAUCAAGGUGGACGACCUUAGUUGGGAUGACAUCAUACCCAAAGAACAGCUGGAGGAGAUCAAGGCAGAGGAGAAGAAGAAAGCCGACGAACGCUAUCUUGCCGAAGUCAUUGAGCAGAACCGACCUCGCAAGCGCAAUGCACCGGGUGAUGCACGGGAUACCCGUGAAGAACGCAAAGCCAAGAGAUUAGCGAGAGCACAGGUCAGUAUGGAGAAUGGCGAUGACUCCGACUCAAAUGCUCAGUCGGACCCGAAACGACCCCUUGUGGAGAAAGAAUACCGCCAUCUUCUGCGUGCCUACCUUCGUUUUGGAAAUAUGGUAGAACGUGAGGAGGAUGUCGUUCGUGAGGCACGUCUCCUUGACCGUGAUAGAGAGACGGUCAAGGCUGCGCUCCGCGAAAUAACUGACAAGGCUGCCGAUCUGGUGCGGGAAGACAUAGAGAAACUCGAGGCCCUUGAACACGCUGGUAAGGUGCCGACGAAGAAAGAAAAGAAGGCGGUCUUAUUCGAUCUCCAUGGAGUCAAGCGUCUUAAUGCGUACACUAUUGUGGAACGUCCGACGGAAAUGCGUAUCUUGAAGGAGGCGACGGCCGCCGUGCCUGACUUCAAGAAUUUCCGGAUACCGGAAGCCACUAAAGCCGCGGACUACACGUGUCCAUGGGGUGCACGCGAGGACGGGAUGCUGUGUAUCGGUAUUGCGCGGCACGGAUAUGGUGCGUGGACGCAAAUCCGAGACGAUCCCGACCUUGGCCUUGGCGACAAGUUCUUCCUUGAAGAACACCGUGUCGAGAGGAAAAAUGAACGUAUGAAUGCCGAGGACAAGACAACGAAGUCUCCAGGAGCCGUUCACCUUGUUCGUCGCGCAGACUAUCUGUUAUCUGUUCUUCGUGACAAAGUCACCAACGGUUCGAGUGUCAGCGCGAAGAGAGCUGUCGAGAAUCAUCACCGGAAUAACCGGAAAGGUUCCCGUACGCAUGCCAGCAACAGCGUCUCGGCUUCGCCCGCACCGUCUCUUUCUCGUAGAGGCCACCGGGAAACAGAACGUUCCAGGCAUCGGUCUCAUACCCACGGCGCCAGAGAUAGUGUUGAACGACACCAUACUCCCAGCCACGAUCGACCCAGAUCCAUGCAUGAAGGCGAACGAAGCCGUCAUCGAACCUCCGACGCAUCCAGUGAGGACAUUCGGCGUCGUAAGCCUCAUGAGAAUGGCUACUCCGCCGGCAAAGAGGACAUGGCUCGCUUGUUCUUCAAGCCCAUUCGCGAGAAUCUGAAGAAGGUGUCAGCCGUUACUAAAGAGAACUUCCCGAGCAAGGCUGAAAGGGCUACGGAGUUGAGACGUCUACUUGGAAAGGUCGGUGAAUUCAUCGGUCAAAAUCUGAAGGGCCAGGGCUCCAUGUCGUCUUUGGAGACUCGUUUAUGGCAAUAUGUUUCGGUACACUACUGGCCCAACAAAGACGCCGGAGGGGCUAAACUUCAAGAAAUGUAUCAUAAACUGAUCGCAAUCCCUAAGGAGCCUGCUUCUUCCAAGCCAGCCUCCAACGGAGAGUAG